AUGGAUAACUCGUGUGAGAUACCUCAAGGGAAGGAGGUCUCCAGCAGCCAAGUCAACGAUGACUUGCCGACUGCUGAGGUACUCAAGAUCGCCGAUGGAAUUGAGGUCCUUGAUGGCAAGGGAGAGAAGCAUACCUUCAAGAGCAUCUACAGCGGACCUGAAGUACCCCGUCGAGUUCUUGUUGUCUUUUCAUGCGUGAGCUACACCAGCUUUCUUGCCAAAAACGCGACCCCAGAAAAGCUACAAGAGAUAAACACAGAAAUCGUGAUAAUAGGUCACGGGGAUCCAAGAACAGUUGAUAUGUAUUGCAUAGAUACGGGCUGCGAAUUUCCUAUCUACACUGAUCCAUCUGAAGAGCUUUACAAAACGCUCGGCAUGAUUCGGACGUGGGAAGAAGGACCUCCGAACAAGUACAUCCCUAUCUCGUCUCUUCAGAAUGCUUGGCUGUCCAUGAAGAAUGCGUUUUGGAAGUUACUGGAGGGAUAUCCUGUUUGGAACUGGGGAACCACGAAUCAGCAGGGCGGAGAGUUCUUGUUUGCUGGAGAGGGGGAUGAUAAGAAGGUGACGUGGUGUCAUCGGAUGAGGAAUUCGAGAGAUCAUACGGAUACGAAUGAGAUUCUGGAGGUAUUGGGGCUCGGCAAGUGA